UUUUACAUUUUAUAAUUGUUUAGCAAUUAAAAUGAUAAAUAGUAACAAUCGUUUGGGAACAAAGCUGUCAAAAGAGAAAACAAGACCAAAAUCAUCAGAACGAAUAAAGCAAUCAAAACAAAAAUCUGUUACAGAGGUGGUUGAAGAAGCUCCAAUAGCUGAAGUUCCAGAGCCAUGUCCUGUAAAAGAUUCCAGUGAUGAUGAGUUUAAAGAAUUCCGAAUUAUUCCAGAUAACUUUAAAAGUAAACACUUUCCCAAGCCUCCAUCUGAAAAAUUGAAAACUAUUAUUCGUAUAAGAAAAAAUGUUUUACCACAAGCAAUUGGAAAACAGAAGCCAAAGAACAAGGUGUUGGUAGCAAAACCUGUGCAAACAGAUGAUAUAAAAGAUGGGACAGAACCAACACCUCAUGCUAUGGUCAAUAAAACUUCAGACAAUAUUAUCAAGCCUUAUAACAUACUUGGCUCAUUGGAAGAGUUCCAGAAGCAAUCGUUGCUUCAUAAAGUUAAUGUCGAUGUGCAAGUACCUAAAGACACAUUUCCAUGUCAAGAAAACAAUAGAGUUCAGACAGAACCUGCUAAAAAUAGCAGGCCUUGUGCUGAUGAGACAAAUGCUUUAAAAAACUGGCAAAAGCAUAUGAAUGAUAGUAAAAAGCAACAAGAAAAACUUUCAAAGCGUAUGGCAGUUUCAAAGGAUAUGUUGGUCAUGAAUCAAAGUGACGCAUUCCGAUCUGUUCAAGAAGAAAGGACAUUAAUAGACAGGGCCAUGCCUACAAAAGAUUAUGGAAAGGGGUAUCGUGUUGGUAGUGAAUUUUGGAAACAAGCUGAAGCAAUCGGCAAUGAUGAUGGCAUCAGCAUCACCUUGAAUCAGACUGAGCGUGGGUUAGUUCCACCAAUUGAACAUAUAGGACACCCGUCGCAUAUCAGAGAAGAGAUGGGCAUGGGAAACACUUCUCGCUUGCAAAAUGUAUCUUGGUGGAACUCAUCGUACCUGCAUGAGCGGAAAGAACAUUUACAAGAUGUCAUUGAUGAAAUGGAUCCUCACAUGCCAUACAUUGCUGGCUUAGAAAUUAUUGGAAAAUCAUUGGCUCUGCAGCCAACUUCGACGUUAGAGGAAGAAAAUGAAAGUGAAAGUGAAGAUGCAGAUUUUGAUGCUGAUGAAAAAAAGGACGAUGAGUUAGAAGAACAAGAUACACCCGUUUCAUCAUUUUCACCUUCUCUCAUCAUAAACGGACAAACCGCAACAUGGCAAGGUGAACCACCUGCAAAUUUAAACAAAAAUGCUGUGGGGAUGACAGUUCGUCUUCUGUUUGAAAAUAAAACUGGAAUAAGUUCCCAACAGAGUAUGAAUAUUACAAAUGAUGGCACCGCCCCAAUCUACUAUCAGUGGAAGAGAAAAGCACAAGUGAACACGUUUGGCAUGAAGAGUACGAUCCCAAUCAUGCGCUUUUAUUUUGACAUAGAUGACGGUGUGAUCUUACCUGGCAUCACUUCCAGCUUACCAUUCUUUUUUAAAUCUCCCAACGUGGGGAUCUUUACUGAAACAUGGGAGUUGUGUACGCAGCCUGUACUGUGUGGUGGAGAGAAGAUUGAAAUUGUGUUGCGAGGUAUUGCUACGGAGGAAGACUGGUUUAAAAAUGAGAGAGAACAAAUUGAUACAAUGUUGGAGGAGAGACAGAACAAGAGGAUGGUUGAAAGAUUGCUGCGGGAUAUUUUAUCUGGUAUCCAGACUCCUCCAAGACCUAGCACUCCAACGAACGCUUACAUCACUGAAGAAGAAUUAUUUAACAUGAAGAACAGAAAUGUGAGAUAUAAAACCAGUACUGUCAUCAACUUGAAGUCGUUUUAUGAAGAAUUAAAAGAAGGAGAAAAAUGGGAUUUGUCAAUUACCACCCUACGGAAGAACGUGCUUGCAAUUUCCGAAGAAGAAGAAAAAGAAGAUGCUCUUCGAACGUUAAACGACAGGCUAUCAGAAUUAUGUUUGGAAACACGAUGUCCAAUCGGAAAGAAUGAUUAUGACACGUGUUAUGAGAUUAUGUGUGAAACGGUGGAUAAGUUUGUAGAGAACGCGAUAAAGUUGCGAAUGAAAAUGGGUCUACCAGAGAAAGAACUAGUGAUUAAGUCAGAGGAAGUUCCCAAAAAAGGCAAGAAAUCAAACAUUGAAGCGAAGCAGCCUCGUGCAGAUUCUAAAAGUAAAAAAGAGAGUCCUGUUGGUAAAAACAAAACGCCGAAAAACGUGGAUGCAUCUGUCGUGAAUAGCGGGAAAGCAGGUGGCGAUGUUGUUGCGGUGAAGGAAAACAUAGCGGCUUUUUUAAACGAUCCAGCUUACAAGAUGUAUAUGAACAAAAUGUACAUGCAGGCUUACAAUUGUUUAUCAGAAAUGGCUAACAGCAUCGAUGAGGUGUUGACGGAAGAUCAGGCUUUGAUAUGAUUGGUUGCCUAUUUAUGUAUCUCUGAUUUGAUUAGCUACUCCGAUCUAAUUAAUUCUAUAUUCGCCUUCCAUUAAAGAAGGGGUGAUUUCAAACAGAUUCUAUCUGAUUAGUGUUACAAAAAUCCUCUUCUGUACGUACCCAUAUAGCUAACUCCUUACAUCAAGCGUCACCCUUGAUCAAGUACCGCCCCUCUUUAAUAAACGCCUAGUAUAAAAGAUUACCGCCCGGGCGUUUUAACAAUGCAUUAUUUUAUUGCAUAAAUUAAUAUAUAUGUAGAUAUAAAUAUAAAGAUGGACAUGUUUAAUAUAUAAGCUUGUUGUAUAAAUUAUGUUUUUAAGUUAUUUAUAUUUCUUACCUGUAACCGCAAAUAAUUUUGUUAAUUUAUUUUUGUAGUUUGAAAAUUACUUACGCUCAGAUAGAAUGGUAAAUAUUAUUUGAAAGGAAAUUGUUUGUAUUUCGGUGGUUGUUACCACAAAAAUCUGUACUCCUCCUCAGGUGUUAUCACACUUAAUUUUGAUAUAUUUCUCCUCACUUACGUUAUG